UGCUUUUUGUUAUUUCUACAACUACUAUUACUACCGACAUUAACUGUACAAUGGGAUUGUCCGCGAACACAUUGAAUAAGGAAGCGAUUCGAGCUCAUAAUGAUCUAAGAGCAUUGCACGGCUGUCCAAAAAUACAAUAUGAUUCCAAAUUAGCAAGUGAUGCACAAAAAUGGGCUGAAAAUUUAGCCAAAAAAGGCUAUUUACAGCAUAGUCAAGCAGAUGGUUACGGUGAGAACUUAGCCUUUCAGAUGUCAACUGCGGGUGCAUCACUAAAAGGUCAUGAAGCCACUAGAAAUUGGUACGAUGAAAUCAAGAAGCACGAUUUUAGUGGACAAAAUCAACCAGGGACAGGACAUUUUACUCAGGUCAUUUGGAAAUCAACUAAACGGGCAGGAUUUGGAGCGGCGAAAUCAUCAGAUGGAAUGAAAAUAUAUGUAGUUGGUCGUUAUAAACCUGCUGGAAAUGUAAUCGGUCGUUACGCUGAGAAUGUACCAAGACCUAAGAAAGCUGCACCUCCAGUCGAUGAAUAUAACAAGAAAUAUACAAGUGAAAGCAGAUGUUCAAUAUUAUGAAAAUGGGUUCAUUACUCGAAAACAAAAGAAAAACAAAACAAAAAAAAGAAAACAUCAUUAUUGCUGAAUAAAGACAGUAAUCUUCCUGUAUUUUUUAAUAUCAAAUAAUUCACUAUUUAUUCUGCAAACACUGUCUAACAUUAUUCACAGUACUGGGUGCUUGCUUGACAAUCACAGAGAGAGAGAGAGAGAAAAUUCAAAGUGCUUUAUAUUAUUUUGUAAUAAUAAUACUCCAGUCAUAAUUUUGCUUAUUUAACUAAUUAAAACAAAGAUUAAAAAACGUUUUUAAUAUACAAGGUUCAAUGUCCAAGAAUAUUUAUUGUCUUUUGAAUAAGUCGACAAAUACAAAUAAAAUAUACCAUACAGUUAUAGUUAUAUG